ACUGAAAAUUGAUUUUUUUUAUUAAUUUUAGUUUUUGGUCUUCUACCAAAUAAGCGGUAUGUGGUAUUAAAUUAACUAUAUUGUUUAAUUUUUUUCAAAAGAAAAAAUAGAAAAAAAUUAUUAUGCGUUGCCAACUUUUAGGGUGUUGAUAUUCAAACUUUUGAAAAUCCACAAACAAAUUUGGAUCCUGGUUCCGUCCGACAUAUACAAUGACUGAUGAAGCUCCCAUUUUUGAAAACCAUAACUGAAAGCACCGCCCAACAACUCCAACUCCAACUCGUUAAACUCAACCGACAACUCGCAAACCUCACUCGCUCAAAUCGUUACUCCGAUUCCCUCCACCUAUUCACCAAAAUCCACUCGUCCCAACACCUCAAACCAGACCACUACACCCUCUCCACCGCUCUCACCGCCUCCGCUAAUCUCCGCCAAACCUCAUUCGGGAACCAACUCCACGCCCAUGCCAUAUUCACAGGCCUCAGAUUCUACCCUCAUGUAGCAAACACUCUGCUUUCGCUCUAUGCGAAAGCUGAGGAUUUGCAUUCCGUGAAAUGGGUUUUCGAAGAGAUUGAGAACCCAGAUGUUUAUUCGUGGACCACGCUGUUAUCGGCGUGUACUAAGCUUGGCAACUUUGCGGAUGCUUGGGAGGUGUUCGAUAAAAUGCCGAGGAGAGAUGUGGCGGUUUGGAAUGCGAUAGUCACUGGGUGUUCGGAGAAUGGGCAGGCGGAGAUUGCUGUUAGUCUGUUUAGUGAAAUGCAUAGGGUGGGUGUUAGGCAUGAUAAUUACACUUUUGCUAGUGUUUUGAGUGUGUGUUCUUUGGAGGGUUUGGAUUUUGGUAGGCAGGUACAUUCGUUGGUGAUCAAAACUGGGUAUUUUGUUAGAGCUUCUGUGGUUAAUGCUCUGCUUACAAUGUACUUUAAUUGUGGACUUGUUGCUAAUGCGUAUGAGAUAUUUGAAGAGGCAGAUGAUGACGUUUAUGAUCAGAUUACUUUUAAUGUGAUGAUAGAUGGAUUGGUAAGUGUGGGAAGAGAUGAAGAUGCCUUGGGACUGUUCCGAGAGAUGCACAAGGCUUGUCUCAGGCCUACUGAACUGACUUUUGUGAGUGUGAUGAGCCCGUGUUCAUCUGUGAGAUUUGGGCAUCAGGUACAUGCCCAAGCAGUUAAAAUGGGUUUUGAAGCAUUUACAUGUGUGAGCAACGCGACUAUAACUAUGUAUUCCAGUUGUGGGGAUUUACAUGCAGCUCACGUGGUCUUUGAGAGACUCAAGGAGAGGGAUCUUGUCUCAUGGAACACCAUGAUUUCAAGUUACGCUCAAAGGAAUUAUGGUAGAUCAGCAACCUUGGCCUACCUGCAAAUGCAAAGGGCUAGAAUUGAACCAGAUGAGUUUACUUUUGGAAGUUUAUUAGCAAGCUCGGAAAGCUUAGAAGUUGUGGAGAUGAUACAUGCUGCUGCAUCUAAAAAUGGUCUUGUGAUGCGGAUCCAAGUUUCUAAUGCAUUAGUUUCUGGAUACUCUAAGCAUGGGAAGAUAAAUCAGGCUUAUAAAAUAUUCCUUGAUAUAUGCCCCAGAAAUUUGAUCUCCUGGAAUACUAUUAUUGCGGGGUUUUUGUUUAAUGGAUGUCCAAUACAGGGGUUCGAGCAAUUCUCUAAAUUGCUCAAAACGGAACUAAGGCCAGAUGUCUAUACCCUCAGUCUUAUUUUGAGCCUUUGUGCUAGCAUUUCAUCCUUGGAACAUGGGAGACAGGUUCAUGGUUACAUUCUUAGAUUGGGGUUCUUUUCAGAGAUGUGUUUAGGUAAUGCCCUUGUGACAGUGUAUGCAAAAUGUGGGGCUUUAGAUUGGUCUUUGAAAGUGUUCAAUGCAAUGGGUGAAAGAGAUACAGUUUCUUGGAAUUCCCUAAUAUCUGCUUAUGCACAACAUGGGCAAGGAAAGGACGCUGUGAACUGUUUCGAAGCAAUGCAAGACUCAUCUGGGGUCAAACCAGAUCACGCAACCUUCACUGCAGUUCUUUCUGCCUGCAGCCAUGCAGGUUUAGUUGAUGAUGGUACUCGGAUCUUCAACUCCAUGGUAAAAAAUUAUGGAUUGAUACCCAGAGUGGAUCACUUUUCUUGCAUUGUUGACCUUCUAGGUCGUGGUGGAUAUCUUGAUGAGGCGGAAAGAAUAAUAAACAGUGAGCAUGUUGAAACACAUUCCAAUAUCUGGUGGACAUUGUUUAGUGCUUGUGCAGCUCACGGCAAUAUAAGGCUAGGAAGAAUAGUUGCUGGAUUUCUUCUUGAAACUGAACGCUAUAAUCCAUCAGUUUAUGUGCUUUUGUCAAAUAUAUAUGCAGCUGUAGGUCAAUGGGAAGAAUCAGCUAAUGUUAGGGAAUUGAUGAAGAAAACUGGGGUGAUGAAACAACCCGGAUGCAGUUGGAUUGGGUCAUAAAUCCUUUUAUAUAUAAGUUGUUAACCCUUUCAAUCGGGAGGCUAACAAAUCCAAGGUUAGCUUGAAAUUUUCACUGCAAUCCAUGGCAAUUUCUUGAUCUGAUUUAAUCAAGACAUGGUAAGUUGUUAAGCCCACUACAUUCAGUUCAACAAGGCUAGACAAGUGAGAAACCUGCUGAGGGCUGUUAAUAUUAUUGAAGGCUACAUUUCAUUUAUCAAAAGAAGCCAAAGUCCUUCAGUAGAGGUGCUCUUUAGAAAGAGAAGGGAAUUACUAUGAUACUGUGAUCAACAUCAACCGCCCCAUGUUAAUGUUACGUUGUCAUUAUGGAUGUUCAUAAAUCCUCCUAUCUAUAUCCACUGUUAGGUCUUAACUGCAUCACCCUCAUCAUUAGCAUUAGCAAUAUCAUCACUGUCAUUAUGGGAUAAUAUGAUGAUAUCAUCUUACAUCAUCAAAGCCCUGAUGACAGUGAAGGAGAGAAUCUUUUUGGAUUUGCAACCACAAAAGGCUUGAUUAUAUAAUAUCCUUCCUUUCUCAAAAUUGGAACAUUGAUUGUAUAACACCCUUCAUUGACAAACUUUUGAAUUGCUGAAAUACAAUUUAUUUGUAAUGUAGAAUUCAUUUCCAACGUUUUUCCAGUAAGUACUACAUUCUUUUUCAAUGAUUACUGGAACUCCCAAGUUGUUCUAGCAUAAAUAGGAAGUUCCCACUUCCAGGGUCGUGAUGGUCUCUCCAAGAAGUCAACUUCAAGUUUUCAUCCAUUGACGUGUUUGGAAGAAAUGUAUCAGUUGGAUUUUCAAAACUCUGCCACAGACUUGUCAGUGUUGUCACAUUAUCGUAUACCAAAGGGUUUCCAGAAUCCAUGAGAUUCAAAAUUUUAUCUGUACACGUUGACACCAAUAAACACUUUCAGCAUACCAAUGUUUCUUCUCACUACUUGUAUCCAAUACCUGGAGAUAGCUUAUUUGGAUACAGAUGUUGGUCAGCCUGAGUUUACACCUCCUGGUUUCCUAUCCCUCACAGUAGCUGACAAACUAUCCCCAGAUUUGACAAUCCCAUGUCUGAACUCUAAAGACACCAGAGAGGUGCUUCUCCUUCGGUGAUUUAUCUUCAAAAAGGGAUCCAACAUUGUACUUGAAUGCUAUAUUUUCCCUACGUGGUUACUAUUGAAAGGAGUACUGCUUGUCUAACAAGAGUAAAAACCCAACUAAGAUUGAAUUGCCUCUUGUCGUCAAUACUCCUGGCAGGGUGAAAGGCAUUGGUUAUGACAUUGGUGGAUAGACCAAGCAUGAUAUCUUCAUGACCAAGGUUGUCGCCCAAAAAAAAAAAAAAAAGAACCAAUCGCAUUAACGUGUUGUGAGUGCUCUGUUUCUAUUGUGGGUACAAAUCGCAUUAAAGCUCCACCAUUGCUCCUCCACCAUUUUACUAAAUCGCAAUGGAAUGUGAAGAGUUAUAUGAUGCCCCAAACAAUUCGAGACCAUCAGAGCAAGAGUUACCGCUUGAAGAUUUUGGUGAUUGUGAGUUGAAAUCCAAGCCAUAUGUCGAAAUGCAAUUUGACUCCCUUGAUGAUGUUGAAACUUUUUACAAAGAAUUUGCCAAAAAAGAAGGUUUUGGAAUCCGUAUCCAUACGAGUAAAAAGCCCCCAGAAGUGAUAAUGUAACAAGUCGUAUUUAUGUAUGUUGUAGUGAAGGGUAGCACAAAACAAAAAAUGCAUUAGACAGUGGUUUGAGCAGAGAUUAUGAAAACAAGGCUUGUAGAAGUUGCUCAAGUCUUAGAACUGGAUGUGGAGCAAUGCUUAGGGUCAUGAAGAAUAAGAAGUUGCAAAAAUGGGUUGUGAAGGGAUUUGACAACAACCAUAAUCAUGGUAUUAUUAGUCCAAAAAGUUUGUCAUACCUCCAAUGCCACAAAAAAAAAAAGUCUACUGUUGCUAAGAGUUUAGUUGAAAAAUUUGACGAAGAAGGUCUUCCAAUAGGAAAAGUUGUCAUGAUGUUCAAUGUAAGUGACCAGACAUUUACAAGUAGAGAUUGUUGAAAUCACUUGAGAAAUGUUAGGGGACAAAAUCUAGAUGCUAGAGAUGCCUCAGUUGUCCUUAAUUAUUACCAAAAACAACAAGCUCAAAACUCCAAUUUCUUUUAUGCAAUUCAAUGUGAUGAUGUUGGCCAUAUGGUUAAUUUUUUUUGGGUGGAUGCACGCUCAAGAAUGGCUUAUCAAUACUUUGGGGAUGUAGUGACAUUUGACACAACUUACAAAACAAAAAAGUAUGAUAUGCCAUUUGCUCAUUUUACGAGGUUAAACCAUCAUUGUCAAUCAAUGUUAUUUGGUUGUGCAUUGUUACAAGAUGAGACAGAACAAACUUUUGUGUGACUAUUUGAAACUUGGCUUCAAGCAAUGUGGGAGAAGGAACCAAAAUCUAUUAUUAGGGAUCAAGAUUUUAGCUAUGGGUGCAGCUAUUGCAAAGGUAUUCCCAAGAACUUGUCAUCGUUUUUGUCUUUGGCAUAUUAAGAAGAAAUUUCCAGUGAAACUUUCCCAUAUAUAUAUAUAUAUCAUAAGAAGUCAAUAUUCAAAUGCGAGUCGAGGAGAUGCAUACGUGAGUCACCUAGUGUGGAAAAAUUUGAGAAGGCUUAGAAGAGCCUAAUAUUGACUUAUGGCUUGGAGAGAAAUGAAUGGCUUAAAGGAUUAUAUAAUAUUUGAGAGUUAUGGAUACCGGUUUACAAUAGAAAUGCUUUCUUUGUAGGAAUGAACACUACCCAGAGAAGUGAAAGCAUCAAUGCGUUCUUUGACUCCUUUGUUAACUCAAGAACUACAUUAAAGGAUUUUGUGGUCAAAUUUGCAAAGGCGGUGGACAGUCGUUAUAAGAAAGAAAGGAAGGAAGGAAGACUUUGAUUCAAGACAUAAAACACCUUCUUUGGUAAUUGGCUCAAAAAUAGAGCAUCAAGCUGCUUCUAUAUACACGAGAACCAUAUUUAGCAAGUUCCAAAAAGAAUCGGUGAGUAGUAAUCACUUUACAAAGGAAAAGGUUGAGAAAAAUGGAACUUUUUAUAGGUACAAAGUAACAAGUUCCUUUGAUCCAGAUAAUGCAUUUAUUGUGAAGCUGAACUUGGAAUCAAAAGUUUGUGAAUGUGACUGCCAGCUUUUUGAGUUUAUGGGAAUUGUUUGUAGGCACAUGUUAUUAAUCUUCCAGGUUAAAAAUAUUUUCCAGAUUCCUAGCCACUACAUCUGACAACGUUGGGCAAAAGAAAUAAAUAAAGAACUCAAAAGUGUAGAAUAUAGAUCAAGCUCUGAGGAUGAGCAUCAUAUGUCAAGAGCCUUACGAAGCAUUCAUGUUUGUCAAUGUGUAAGUCAAUUGUCUUACCUUGCUGAAAAAACUGAAAAUAUAUAUAAAAUGAUAAUCUCAGACUUAGACCACACCUUUAAAAAAGCUUUUGGAAUGGAAAAUGAACUACUUGAAGAUAAAGAAGAUGAUGAAAUGGAUAUGCAUUACAAGAGCGGUGAAUUAGCUGACAUUGUUGAAGUAGAAGACUGCUUCGUCAUUAUUCCUUUGAAUAUAAAAGAUCCACAUGUAUCAAAAACCAAAGGUCGAAAGAAAAGUACCAAGAAACGGGGUCCUGGUGGGAGAAUUAAAGGUGAGUUUGAAAUAUCCUUAGCUCGUGCAACGACAAAAAGGCGAUCUUGUCAACUUUGUAGGGGUUAUAGUCAUAAUUGUCGUAUUUGUAAACAAUAUAAUGGCGAAAGAAGUGAUUACCAAGAUGAAAACAUUACAGAGGUUUAUGACAAUGAUAUUGAUGAUUUAGCAUAAAGUAUAUGUGGCUGAAGAGAAUCACAAAAUGAUCAUUCCUUGGUGGAAUUUAUAUAUAUAUAUAUAUAUAUAUAUUGAGUCCAAGUAGCUGAAGGAACUAUGUUUAAGGACCUAUGUUGUUAAUCAUGAUGAAAUAGUUUUUUUUUUUUUUUUUUUUUUUUUUUAAAGGACCAAUGUUGGAAUACUCUUUUUGCUUCAAUUUAAUGUCAUUAACAGUGUAUUUGUAAGGACAUAUGCUAGAAUAUUGUUAUUUAAGGAUUGCUCACCUCUUGUUUUGAGGGGGUACCUACA